CGGUGCGCACUUUCACCCUCUCUUCUUCCGUUACAUGGACGCCGUCGAACGGGCGAAUGCUGAACAUCAGAAACGAUGGGCGAAGGACCAGAAAGUUGGUGAAGGUACCUAUGCCGUGGUCUACCGAGGCAGAGAGGUAGCGACCGGACGGAAAGUCGCCAUCAAGAAGAUAAAAGUAGGACUAUUCAAGGAUGGCCUUGACAUGUCCGCAAUACGGGAGGUCAAGUACUUGCGCGAGUUGAAGCAUCAGAACGUAAUUGAGCUCUUGGACGUAUUCUCUUCGAAGACGAACUUGAACCUCGUUCUGGAAUUCCUUGAGACGGAUUUGGAGCUUGUUAUCAGGGAUCGCUCCCUCGUCUUCCUACCAGCUGAUAUCAAGGCGUGGACAGCGAUGGCCUUCCGCGGGCUUGAAUUCUGCCACCGGAACUGGAUCCUGCACCGGGAUCUGAAGCCCAACAACUUGCUCAUCUCAGCAAACGGCCACCUCAAACUUGCCGAUUUUGGUCUCGCGCGGGACUUUGCGGAUCCGGGCUACAAAAUGACCCACCAGGUUAUCACACGAUGGUACCGGCCGCCAGAGUUACUAUUUGGCGCACGCCAUUAUAGCACGGCUGUUGACAUCUGGUCCGUCGGGUGCAUUUUUGCAGAACUGAUGCUGCGAACGCCCUACCUCCCCGGCGAAUCCGACAUGGAUCAGGUGAGAACCACUUUUCGUGCCCUUGGAACCCCGACGGAAGAGGAUUGGCCGGGGCACAAAAAACUGCCAGACUACUUUGACGCGGGUCAAUAUCCUAAAACUCAACUUCGUGAUCUGUUCACGGCCGCUAGUACGGAAUGUCUGAAUUUGCUCAGCAGAUGCUUGAUCUAUGACCCCUACAAACGCAUCAGCGCGAAAGAGGCAUUGUUUCAUCCUUACUUCAGCGCCAUGCCCUACCCCACUCAUCCGUCCAAGCUCCCCAAACCGGCCAAGAAAGGAUCGACAAUGCCGCUAGAAGAGUUCGAUGGAAACGUCGACUUUGAAGGCUCAGGGCCCGGAGUCAGAGCCAACCCACCCAACAAACUAAAGCGGAAACUCUCUUCAGACGAGCUAGGCAGCCGGCCGAUCGCGCGCCGCCUCGACUUCUCCCAACACUCAUAGACUUCUCGCCUUGGGACCCUCUAGCCGCCUUCGGAACUGUAUUGUAUGUCGUUAGUGUUGUAUUAUUAAAUGGUUUGGUCCCAGCAAUUGUUCAUUGCGAAGGAAGACG